AUGCCCGUAGGAAAUGGAAAAGGCCAGUGGUGCAUAUACUACUUCGCUUCACGUUGCAAAGCGGCCUGGAAGGCAUUUGAAGAUCAUAAAGAUGACUGGCGAAAUGACCCCCAGAAACAUCAGUGGUGGACCAUAGGGCUCCGUCUAGAGGGAGACAGACUCGCCAAGGCAAUUGGUUAUCAUGUUGCUGCGGGCUUUAUCGUCAAGGUGCCCUCUUGGGUCAGCUUUUUCAUCCUUCGAACACAUCCCCAACAAUCGGACCUAGCAUCACUACCUCAGCAGGGUCUUCUCGUCGAUCCAGCCUACAUGGAUGAUCCUAGUAACAUUUUCGCCGCAUCCCAUGUCGACUGGUGGAACAACCCCGGCGGGCCCCUGACACCCCCGGCGGCAUAUUCAGAGGAAGAGACAGCUGCAUUCCAUGACUGGUUGAAAUUGGUCGAUCAGCCUCUCACCGAAGCCCCGCCACCCCCACCUCAAGAUAUUAACGUGGCCGCUUUGAAUGCCCCGGCGGCGCGGAUUUUAGAUGCUUUCCAGAGUGCUUUGUUAAGGAUUGAGCAAGGCCUAGGCACUUGGAGGAAUAUACGUGAUGGUGCCCGAUCAGACAUACAGUGUUUGGAGCAUUUGAUGGAUGAGGUUCAGCUGGGACAAUUGGAUCUUACACUCCCACCCAACUUACCAAUCCCGAAGGGCCCUUGGAGGAGCAUCCCACCGAUGAGAAGUCGCUACAUAUUCCGGUAUACAACCUUUGCGAGGGACAAUACGUCUUCAGUGGGCAGCGACAGUUCUGUGGUACCUCCCGCAGAUAUGGUCACCAAACCCACGUGUCCGACGGCAGACGUCACCGAGAUUGGUUGGCCGCCGGGGCACCCAAGUGACCUAUCUCCGUUGGACAAUACCAGAGAUGAUUACUUUCCAUCACCUGUAUCAUCUACAGGCCUUGACUGGGAAUUCUCUGAAGAGGGCUCUGAUCAUGAGUCUUCCAUCGACUUUGGGAUGAGUGAAUACUGCGAAGACGUUACUUGUUCCAAUAGUGGAUCAGAGUAA